CGGAUUUCAACAAGUGUAGAUCGGUCUGCCAUCAUUUAAAGUUUUAUCGGCAUCGGCAACGGCAACGGGAUCCUUAACAAUAAGAGAUGAGAAACAUGUUGUCCAUUAAAUUGAAUGCUGUCUUUUGGAUCUUUAGCAUUUGCUGUUGGUCUCAAAUAGCCGGAAAUAAUCUGCAACAAUAUGGCAUUGACGCUGGAGCCAGUACGGAAAGGAUUAAUACGGCCCUGCGUUGCAUGAAUAUAAAUCCACAGAAUUCGGUUGACUUAAAUCAGAUAAUGGGCCUCUGGUAUGGAAGCGAGGUCAUUGUGCAUACCCAAGACUUUCCCGGUGUCUAUGAGGUCGACUCGUGUGUGAUUAUCUAUUUGUCCGAUGUCACCGAUGAGGUGAACGGCAGAUCGGCAUCCAGCAAUCGCGGCUAUAACAAUCGAGACUAUAAUCCCAGUUAUCCCGCUUAUAAUCCCAACCAAAACAACUACAGACCCACAUCGACCACACCACAAUAUGUGGACACUGAUGAUUACCUGAGACGCGAUGAACAUAUCCAUCCGCAGCGUUAUUUGCAUUUGGUUUGGAGUGAACGUGACAAAAAUGUCGAAUACACAUUCAAUUAUACGGCCGGAACACCCGGUCAAUGGUCAAAUAUUGGAGAUCAGCGUGGCAGUUUGAUUCUCCACAACUCGUAUACACAAUUCAGUGGCACCGUUCAAGUGGUUAAGGCGGUCAAUGAUCAUUUGGUAUUGACAUUCUGUGGCAGCGAUGUUAAGAGCUCCAUUUACACAGUGGUCUUGUCCCGCAAUCGUUUGGGUCUGACGGCAGAUGAGAUACGCAGCAUUCGGAAUUUACUUUCACGCCGUGGCCUAUAUACGGAAACCAUACGCAAGGUGUGCAAUAGCUGCUCUAAGCUUGGAGCUGGUGGUCUCAUUACUGUAUUUGCCUCACUCUUGUUACUUCUCUUGCGUCUCUACGGAUAAGAGACAGAGUCAGAGUCCGAUAGACAGGCAGGCAGAGUCAGCAGAAGAAGAUUGAUUUAAUUAUAUCGAAACAGUCCAGCCAUAUUAUGUAUAUUAA